AUGGCAGACAGCCGCCCAGCCAUCGCGCUCUGCUCCGUCGGCAGCCUUGGCAAAUACCUCUGCGACGAACUCCUCGCCCACAGCCGCUACAGCUUCGUCGUCAUUUCCCGUCAGCGCAACAAAGACCCGUUUUUCGCGGACCGCAACAUCGACCUACGCACCAGCGACUACAGCGUCGGCUCCGUGCUCGCCAUCCUGGACGACACCAACGCCACCGCCCUCGUAUCCUUCAACCACAGCCCCGGCAGUACCUUUGUCGACGUCCAUCGCGCGUUCCUGGAGGCCUGCAGGCGCUCCCGGAGCUGCAAGCGCUUCAUACCCUCCGAGUUUGCCGGCAACAUUGACGACUUCCCCCAGCACCCGAGCUACUACACCGCGUCCCGGGUGCCGUUCCGGGAGGUGCUCGCGCUCGAGACCGACGUCGAGUGGACCAUAUUCAACAACGGCUGGCUGCUGGACUACUUCCUCACCCGGGACAAGACGUACAUGCCCGCCAUACCGGACGAGUUCCCGGUCGACCCAAACGGCUGGAAAGCGUGCAUUCGGGGCAGCGGCAACGAACCUCAGUCGUUCAGCAGCGGCCGCGACGUCGCUCGCGCGCUGGUGAUGCUCCUCGAUGCCCCGGAGUGGGAGCCUACCACCUACAUCACGGGGCAGUGGGCGACUUUCAACGAAAUGGUAGCCCGUAUGGAGGAGUUUUACGGGCGACCGAUGCCAAGGACGCACAGGUCCGAGGAAGACGUCCGACGUGACGCUGUGCUUCCCGCUCUGCCUGAAAACGCGGCAGUGCGCGAAUUGGCAAGCGUGGAGGAAAUGAUGCUGAACGGAUCGGGCGCGUGUCCCCGCGAGAAGACCCUUAGGCAGCGGGACAAGUUCUUCCGGGGUUACGUGUUUCUUACGCUGGAGGAUCUCCUGUUACAGACGGGCUCUAUAAGAGGGCAGGGGCCGUAG